AUGAAGUCUGUAUUGCCAGAUGCCGUGCGCGAGACGGCCAACACGGGCAUGACGGUCUUGGGAACGCCGAUUGGCCGUCGCGAGUGGAUGAAGAAGCAGCUGAACGACAAGGCAAAGCACAUUGCUGGCAAGCUCAAUGACAUGCUGACGACCGGUGUCUCGCUUCAGGCCCUCCUCACGGCCAUGCAGUACGUGCCUAGCCUCAUCAACCACCUCUACACGCUGCCCCCAAGUCUGACGUCGGGCUUGUCCGAGCUCUUGAACCGUGCUUGCAAGGACACCUUUGUCAAAGCCUUUUUUGCCAAGCUCCUUGAGGCUCGCCUCUUCACACGGGCCAACACCGGGGGCUUUGGCCUGCACGACUUGGUUGAGCGCGGUCCGGUGGCUUAUGUCUGCAACAUGGCCAAGCUGGCCACUCACUACCCUCGGGUCUACGAUCGACUUUUGGAGGAUGAAUCGAGGGCUGCUGACUUUGAGGCCCACGUGCAGCGAGCUGGCUUCCAGAUGGCCACGGUCAAGGACGCGGGGACUCAGCGACCAGCUGAGAUCAUUGCCCUCCGCUCCAAGGCGGCACUGGACGACCUGAUGGCCAAGUGCGCGCUGGACCUGCAGCAGGCAUAUCUGGCCUCACGCGAGUGGGGCGUCAGCACUGUCUUGACCAUGCGGGGUCGGGACAAGUUGCGUCGCUUGAGCGACACGACCUUUGCCAUUGCGGUCGUGUCCAUGAUGGGUUUUGGCCUCCAUGAACUCAUCAACGUCAAGCCGACGGACAAGUGCCCUCUCUGCAGCAGCAAGACACCUCAGCCGCGACUAACCCGCGAGCACCUGCUGACCUGCCGUCCCAUCAAGCGACACAACGCCCUUCGCGACGAGAUGGGCCGCCUGCUCAGGUGGUGA